AUGCCAGAAAGGGUCCCGUCUCUUGGCAGGGAGGAGUUCUUCUCCCCCAGGAGAAUAGACACGGGUGACCUCCCUGGGGACGGAGUAUUUUUCUCUCCGGUGCCAACCGACGUGGAAACCGCCGAAUCCGACGCUUCGCUAACUGCCCAAAUGGCCGCAGGACGGAAGAGGCAGCGAAACAGUGGUAGCGACACGGGAGCAUCGCCGAGCGGCGAGGCUUCCGAUCUUGCGGAGCAAGGAAAGCCCGCCUCGGGACCUUCCAAGCGAGGAACAGGCCGCCGACCAUCCACGGCGCGCCACGCCGGGCUAACCAAGGAAAAGGCUAAGCGCCUGGAGCUCGAGCUGCAAACUGAAGAGGACCUGAUAGCCGCGUCCAAAAUGGUGACGCUAAGACGGCUUGCCCGCCAUCCGGAUUCGUUUGGGACGACAAGUGGGUCAGACGACGAAGAAAACCGCACUGCCCUGGCCCUAAACCAGCAGGUGCGGGAUAGUCUGGGGCUAAUCAAGGACGUGGCCACCAAGUCCAAAAACCUAAAGGGCACGUACCAACGAAUUCUGAAGGAGGCUGUGGCUGCGAUCCGGGAAGCUGUCGGUGAGAUGAGGGGCCGGACUGUCUCCGAUGAGACGAGGAGGCUCGCCGCCGAAAACGCUCGCCUCAAGGCGGAAAUGGCCGAGCUCCGUAAGGAGAUGGGCGACUUGCGUGCUAGCCUUGGGCAGCGCCUCGAAGGGACGCGCCAAGAGACGGCGACAUCACCUGCUCGGGAGCAAGGUGACCUAGAGCGCAAUAUCAUGGCCAAGGUGAGUGACAUGAUGGGUACAAGGUUGAGCGCCCUGGAGGAGAGACUGCUCCCACAGCAACCUACUCAGGUGUCUUCUGCUCCCACACCUUCCAAAGCAGGAAGCUCUCCCCCCGGUCACACUCCAGCUCCUACCAACCCAGCGGGUGCGAAGCGGGCUGCGAAGAAGAACAAAAAGAAGGAGGGGCCCAAAAAGCGUCCUACGAGUGUUCCUGGCCCCGCUUCCCAAGUCCGGCAGCCUCGGCUGCAGACAACAGUGCCUGCCUCGGAAGAGGAAUGGACGACUGUGGUCAAGCGGGGUAAGAAGAAUAAAAAGAAGACUGCCGUUGGAGCAGCGACGACUGCGAAGCCACAACAGCCGGCGGCACCGCGAAAAGCGCAAGAAGGGAAGGGUCGCAAUAAGACCAAGGCGCUACUGCGCACCCCGCGGUCAGCCGCCGUAGUCCUCACCCUGGAGACGGGAGCAGAAGAGAGGGGCGUUACCUACGGAACGUUGAUUACGGAGGCCAAGUCCAAAAUUUCCCUGGAUGGGCUCGGUAUCACCGGUCUGAGGUUCCGUAGGGCAGUGACAGGGGCGGCAAUCCUGGAGAUCCCGGGCCCAGACACCACCAGCGGCAACCAAGCAGACUCUCUUGCGGCCAAGCUGAGGGAAACGCUUAAUGUGGCCGAUGUCCGCAUCUCUAGGCCGGUAAAAUGCGCGGAGAUGCGCAUUUCCGGUCUGGAUGACUCGGUUUCAGAAGAAGAGCUCGCCGCUGCCGUGGCGAAAGUUGGAGGGUGUGCCCUAGAGGCAGUGAAAGUUGGCCGGAUCUCCCGCGCGCCAACAGGCCUGGGCACAGCGUGGGCUCGCUGCCCCGUAGCAGCCGCCAAGAAAGUGGCUGAGGGGCGACUCCUCGUCGGUUGGGCUUCGGCAAACGUGAAGCUGCUGGAGUCCCGACCCCUGAGGUGCUUCCGCUGCCUGGUGCCUGGCCAUGUUAGGAAGGGGUGCACCUCAGAAAUCGACCGCAGUGACCAGUGCUACCGAUGCGGUCAAUCCGGUCACCGGGCCAGGGACUGCACCGCCGCGCCCCACUGCACUCUGUGCACUGCAGCGGGCAAACCUGCUGACCACAGUGCCGGCAGCAGUACCUGCGCGAUGGGGGCUAAAGCCCCAAAACGCAUGUCCCGGAAGGCGACCAGCAAACCAGGUACUCCUGGAGUGGCGGCGCCUCUGGCCGCGAACAUAAACCACUGCGCCGGGGCGCAAGAUCUCCUCCUGCAGUCCAUGGCGCAGUGGUCGAUAGAUGUUGCCGUGGUCGCCGAGCCGUACUACGUCCCCCCCAGCCACAACUGGGCUGCGGACCUGGAUGGCUUGGUGGCCAUUAUAACAAAAGCAGGGGUAGAGGGUAUACCGCCCCCCUCCACGUUGUCGAGGGGUCGAGGCUAUGUGGCUGUCCUCUGGGGCGAAAUUACCCUGAUCGGGGUAUAUUUCUCCCCCAACAGAAGAGUCUCCGAGUUCGAAGCCUUCCUCGGCCAGCUGGCGGCUCUCGUUGGGCAGACCCAACCGCGCCAGGUAGUUGUCGCAGGUGACUUAAACGCCAAAUCCAUGGCCUGGGGCUGUCCCGCAACCGACAUUCGCGGAGACCUUCUAGAGGAAUGGGCGACGAUGACCGGAAUGUCGGUUCUGAACCGAGGGUCGGCCAGCACCUGCGUGCGCUGGCAGGGAGAGUCCAUAGUGGACGUUACUUUCGCGACCCCGGCACUCGCGACCCGCGUCCGUGGCUGGAGAGUACUGGAGACGGUGGAGACAUUAUCAGACCAUUUGUACAUCCGGUUUGAUGUCUCCACCUCCUCCGGAGGCACGACAGACACGGAUCGUCGUCCGAAUGGCCGUGCUGCGACCCCUUACCCUCGUUGGGCCCUGAACAGCCUGGAUCGUGAAGCGGUGGAGAUAGCGUCCCUCGUCCAGGCCUGGACAACAUCUCCUGGGCCUGUGGAGACCGAGGAGGAGGCAGCCUGGUUCCGCGAAGCCAUGUCACAAGUCUGUGACGCAGGCAUGUCACGAGCCAAGCCACGGCCUCCGAAGCGUCAAGUGUACUGGUGGUCGCGAGAAAUCGAAGACCUCCGAUCCCGCUCCAACAGGGCGAGACGCCAGUACACACGGUCCCGUUGA